AUCGAAUUAAAAAUGACAAAAACUUCGUCUGUCUUCGCUUCUGCCCCCCGCAUCCCCGCGGACGCCAUCUUCGCUCUCACCGCAGAAUAUCUCGCGGACCCGUUCCCGAACAAGGUCAAUCUCGGCCAGGGAACGUACCGCGACAACAACGCGCAGCCGUGGGUGCUGCCCAGCGUGAAGAAGGCGCGCAGCAUUAUCGAGGACAAGGGGCUGAACCAUGAGUAUCUCCCGAUUCUGGGACUAAAGGGUCUCCGGGACGGGACGGCGCAGUUGGUUUUUGGAGAGGAAUACGGGGGAGUAUCAGAUAGGCUAGCAACAUCGCAAGCAAUCUCCGGCACAGGCUCACUGCACCUGGCCGGCAAAAUCCUCAAAUACUGCAACACAUCCCUCCCCAAAGUCUACAUCCCUUCCCCAACCUGGUCAAACCACCACCUCGUCUUCUCCUCUCUCGGCUUCGAAUGCGUCUCCUUCCAGUACUACAACGCCGCCACCAAAUACCUCGACAUCGACUCUUAUCUAGCUACCCUACGCUCGGCAGAACCCGGCUCAAUCAUCAUCCUGCACGCCUGCGCACACAACCCCACAGGCCUCGACCCAAGCAUCGAGCAGUGGAAGGAAAUCGCCUCGAUAGUGCAGCAGCGCCGACUCUUCCCGCUAUUCGACGCGGCGUAUCUCGGCUUUAAUUCCGGGGACUAUGACCGCGAUGCCUGGCCGAUUCGACACUUUGUUUCUGACUUGGGGCUCGAAGCGGCUGUUUGUUUGAGUUUUGCGAAGAAUAUGGGGCUUUACGGCGAACGGGUUGGCUGUCUUUUGCUAGCAACGACAGAUGCAGAAACUGCCGGCAAUGCACAGUCCGUGCUAGAGUCGCUGCAGCGCUCUGAGAUCUCGAACCCGCCGGCCUUUGGGGCGAAGAUUGCCGAGACGAUUAUGCGUGAUGACGAGCUGCGGGGGCUCUGGUUCCAGGAUCUGAAGACGAUGAGUGGCCGGAUCCAGGAGAUGAGGAGGGCGUUGUUUGAUGGGUUGAAUAAAUAUUCCACUGGAAAUUGGGACCACUUGAUUAGACAGUCGGGUAUGUUCGGGUUCCUGGGGCUGUCGAAGGAUGUGGUGAAGACGUUGAAGGAUGAAUAUCAUAUCUACAUGGCCGAAAACUCGCGGGUGUCGAUUGCGGGCUUGAACACGGGGAAUGUCGACUAUGUCGCUCGGUCAAUUGCUGAAGUGUUGAAGAGCGCUUGA